AUUUCCUAACGUAUCCUACCAAAUAGCCAAGACAAGGAACCACUACAAUUCAGCAAUAACAAGAAAUCUUUGACACAUCUAUAAGAAACAGCUCGUACUUUGAUUAAGUUCCAGGAUCACGAGCACAACAGCCAGCAUGGCGGAAAGAUCCAGCAUACCCGAGAAGUUCGGGCGACCCGCACGCCGUUAUUAUAUUGAUAGGGUUAGAGUAGGCAGAGACGCUAGGAUUGCCGGUCAGGCCAGAUCAAACGUUUAUGCCACACUCAACAGACCUACCGAGAAUACUAAUCCUCGGGCACAGGUAGCAGCAGAGCCACCACACACCCCUUAUGAUAUCCCGAGCAGACCUCAAAGCGCAUCCACGUCGCCCAUGGCAUACACUCCGUCUGACAGGUCCGAUGAGCCCGAGUUAAUCGAUACGCCUCGGAGAUCCAGCCUUCCUAGCAUGUAUCGACCGAUAUACAAAUCUAACGAAUCCGAAAAUAACCAGGAGCCUUUGACGGAUCCCUUCGUCGAACCACCUCGUCCCAUUCCAUCGAUUAACUCUCGAGGCACCCAUGUGCGCCACAGAUUCUAUGGCCAUCCCAUGUCCAACCCGGUACACGAGUCCACUCUGUCCGACACAUUUAGCCCACACACUGUUGACAACUUCGAUGCAAGCUCUUGGGGAAAUCAAGAGAGUACGCCCACCAGAGCCCCAGCGGGUGAAUCCACCAAAGGACCAUCUCGCCUCCAGAACGACCCCAGAGCAUCGACUAAUAAUGCAUCUACUCAGACCGGUUCAUUCAAUACAGCGACCAGAAACAGAAACAGUAACGGAAGGGCAGGUAGUGGCGGAGCACCUGUUAGAGAGUCUGUAUCGAACGUAACAAACCCUUUCACUCACUCCCGCCCUGCUCCCGCUCCUCCUCCCCCUCGCUGGGAAAACAGAAAUAGGGUAGAACGCCAAGAGGCGGCGACGACCACUACCAGACAUCCCAGCAACAAUGGUGACAACGUGGCGGCCACCGCCCCUGGAACUGAUGGCAACCGUCGGACUCGCGUGUCAAUCCCUAUCACCUUCACGAUUACCAUUGAAUAUGACCCCGUUACUAGCUCAGUUGUCGCAACACCACAGAAUGUGCCAGUUCAUAGGGAACGGUGGGAUGAUCCAGCUUUCUGGCGCUAGGCCAGGGCGCUAAGAUAACCUGUCUGGGAAUAUCGAAGAGUAUGAAGGAGGUCCGAUCCUAGGCUAUGGUUAGUUACAAUAGCAAAUUGGUUGAAGUGGACGCAGAACAACCAUACCUGCUAGAUAGUACACGGCAUAACAAGAUUGAAACGCUGUAUUUGGUUCCUACAUUUUGAACAUUCUCGAGUGAUUUAGUGUAUCUAGAUGUAAGCAUUCUCCAUUUCCACUUCAAGAUCCCACCUGUACGGAAAACUAAAAUUCAAUUAUCUUGGGUAUCGAUGGUACAUAUUAUCAUUAAUUUCUUGCGUAUUACCAGCCAAAGCUUGUCCAAUUCUUCAUAGCCUUCA